AUCGAUUCUAAGUUUGCCGAAAACGAUUAGCUAAGACUUAAAUAGUGAUUAAAGUGUGAGAAAUGCAGCUUAAAUUUAUGAAAACCGUUGUUGAAGCACAGGAUUACCUGUACCGCGUGGCAGGCCUAUGUUGGUCUCCAAAUAAUCAGAAACUUGCGGUGGCUACUGCGGAUCGUACUAUUUUGCUGUUCGAUGAAAGUGGCGAGCGACGGGACAAAUUUUCGACGAAACCGGGAGAUCCGAAUGCGGGAAAAAGCUCCUACGUUAUCCGUGGGAUUGCUUUUAGUCCUGAUUCCACAAGGUUGGCAGUGGCGCAGAGCGAUAAUAUCGUUUAUGUUUACAAAUUAGGGGAAUCAUGGAACGAAAAGAAAGUUAUUUGUAAUAAAUUUCCGCAGGGAGUAGCCGUUACAUGCAUUACCUGGUUGUCCGGUGGAAUGAUUAUUGCCGGUUUGGAGGAUGGUAAAGUGCGUUCAUUGCACUGUAAGAAUAAUAAGUCAAAAACUUUGUAUGCCGCGGAAAGUCUAGUUGUGGCGUUGGCUCCGAACGUCAGAGGAACUGGCUUCGUAUCUGGACACGAGGACGGAUCGGUCAUCAAAUUCUAUAUUAUUGAAGAACCUGGAGAGCCAUCCGGUCGGUUACUUCAGCAUCCGGUCGCGCCAAUGUCAUUGGCUUGGCCUCAAAGUGGCAUACUUGUGGCGGGGUGCGACAAAAAGAUUUGCUUCUACGACACCCUAGGGCGAUUGACUCGUAACUUUGACUAUACUAGAGAUGACCUAGAACGUGAGUUCACGAUAGCAGCUUCCAGCCCGAAUGGACAGGCUGUUGCUGUUGGUAGUUUCGAUAGGAUUCGAAUCUUCACGUGGAGUCCUCGUCAAAAUACCUGGGCUGAAUCGCUUUGUAAAAGCAUUCCCAAUUUAUACACGGUAACUGCUGUUGCGUGGAGGAAAGAUGGCUCCCGGUUAACAGUCGGAUCGCUUUGUGGCGCUGUUCUGUCCUAUGAAUCCGUACUGCGUAGAACCAUCUGGCAGGAUAAAUUUGAGCUGACCUUCGUAGCUCCAAGUCAAGUUUUGCUGAAGUCUCUGCAUGAUCCUUCGAAUACGAUGCUCGUCGAAUCCCAGCUUGGUCUCGAGAUUGAUGACGUGCGAAUCAUGGGAAAGGAUAACUACUUAGUGGGAAGAACCGAAGAUUCGCUGAUUCUUUGCGAUUUGAUUCGAACACUUACCAGCGAGAUUCCAUGGAUCGCCACCGGUCGGCACGAGAGAUUUUAUUUCGAAAAUCCUACUGUUGCGUUGAUUUUCAACGCCGGUGAACUCUCACUCGUGGAGUACGGUGAAAACUACAUCUUAGGCUCGGUGAGAACAGAAUUCGUCAACCCUCACGUGAUCUCCGUUCGACUGAACGAGCGAGGAAAUACGAAACACAACAAAAAGUUGGCCUAUUUGCUGGAUAUGAAAACGGUUUGCGUUGUAGACUUGAUUCAGCAGUCUACGAUAACUCAGAUAUCUCACGAUUCCAAGAUUGACUGGUUGGAACUAAGUGAAACAGGACAAAAGCUGCUGUUUAGAGAUAAAAAGAUGCGACUAUUGCUGGUAGACAUCGGUACGGGAAAGAAACAAACUCUACUCGCCAAGGUUGCCUUCGUUCAGUGGGUUCCAUCAAGUGAUGUAGCAAUAGCUCAGAGUGACUCAAAUCUUGCAAUGUGGUACAACAUUGAUCUACCGGAGCACGUGACCAUUAUACCGGUGCGUGGAGAUGUUUUUGAUGUGAUUCGCGAGGAAGGAAAAACAGAAGUUCAUACGCGAGAGGGAGCUUCUGAACAUGUUUACAACUUAGAUGAAGGUUUGGUAGAGUUCGGAACUGCCGUGAAUGAUAGUGAUUUUGGUCGAGCAAUUUUCUAUUUGGAAUCGUUGGGGGAUAAACCGGCCGCAAAGGCAAUGUGGCAUAACUUGGCGAACAUUGCUUUGGCGCAACAAAAUUUGCAUGUAGCACAGAGGUGCUUCGCGGCACUGGAGAACGCCUCAAAGACGUUCUACUUGGGAGAGAUGAUUAAAAUUGCCGAAAAGUAUGAAGAGGCUACUGGGAAUCCCGGGAUGAGCUGUUCUGAAGUUCGUGCCAGGAUGGCCUUGCUAGGAGGCGAUCUAAGGUCAGCCGAGAGAAUCUACAUCGAGCAGGGAGACAUCGAGGCGGCGUUGGAUAUGUAUAAAAAUCUUCGUCGAUGGGAUGACGCCAUUAAACUUGCCGAGCGUCGAGGAUACCAUGGGUUGAAUGAUCUGAAGGAGCAACAAAUGGAAUUUUUAUUGAACACAAGUCAGGAGGAAAAGGCUGGCGAAGUGCUAGAGGAACGCGGAGAGAAGGACAAAGCAAUGACGCUGUAUUUGAAGGCAAAUAAACCAGUCAAAGCAGCCAAGUUAGCUCUCAAAACGCCGCAUAUACUUUCGAAUGAAAGUAUCGUAUCUCGAAUAACCGCUUCUCUGGUGAAAGCAGAAUUGUUUGAAUUAGCGGCAGAGUUAGCACAUCGAACUGGCCAGCAACAGGUUGCAAUCGAUCUUUACCGAAAAGGUGGAGCUUAUGCGCGAGCCAUCGACUUGGCACGCUUUGUUUCGCCGGAUGAAGUUAUCAGAUUGGAGGAAGAAUGGGGAGAUUGGUUGGUCUCUAAACGACAGCUGGAUGCAUCAAUAAGCCACUACAUCGAAGCUGGCAGCACUGUGAAGGCUUUGGAGGCGGCUGUCGGUGCAAAGCAGUGGCGAAAAGCUGUUCAAAUAGCAAAAGUAGUAGACGAUGCGGUAGAGAUCCGUAAGUAUGCCGUUGAGUUGGCUGAGCACCUCUGCUUGAUCGGUGAUGUGAAGACGGCGGAGGAACUAUUGGUUCGAGCUGAGAUGUACAAGGAGGCUAUCAAUCUACUGAACAAACACGGCCAGUGGGAAAAAGCGUUCGAUAUAGCCGAAAAGUUUCUCAACACCGAAGAGGUUCGCGAUAUGUUUAUUGAGCUAUCCAAAGAUCUUGAAAAGGAAGGCAAAUAUAGAGACGCAGAGAAGGUUUUAAUAACUAUCAAUGAACCGGAUAUUGCCAUUAACAUGUACAAGGAGCUGGAGAUGUUUGAUUCCAUGAUCAGGCUGGUGGAAAGGUAUCAUAAGAAUCUCUUGCAUCAAACGCAUACAUCCCUUGCCCGUCAACUAGAAAGUAAAGGUCGCUUGAAAAACGCUGAAGUUCAUUUUCUAGCUUCCGAUGAUUGGAAGGCAGCUGUACACAUGUACUGUAGCGCCAAUAAGUGGGAGGAUGCUCAUCGCGUAGCGAAACAAAAAGGUGGAGAAGGUGCAUCCAACCAGGUAGCGUUCAUGUGGGCCAAAUCACUUCCAAUUGAAGGAGCGACUCGGCUGCUUACCAAGAUGAAUCUGAUCGACAACUCUAUUGCGUAUGCUUGCGAAGCUGGCCAGUUUGAUUUUGCACUUGAGCUCUGCAAGGCUAGCGGAAAGUCAGCGGAUGACGUUCAUUUAAAAAUUGCCAUGACAUUAGAAGAUGAUGGUAAAUUUACCGAAGCUGAAGCUGAAUUCUUACUAGCUAACAAGCCCAAAGAAGCAAUAAUGAUGCACACUCACAGCGGUGACUGGAAAGCCGCGAUUCGUGUAGCGGAAAAGUAUCUACCAGAGGCGGUUAAAGAAGUUCUGCUUAGUCAAGCUGCUGGAGCACUGGAGUCACGCAACUACCCCGAAUAUGAAGCCUUGAUGAUCCGUGCUGAAAGACCGGAUCUGAUCUUGGAGUAUUACAAAGAAUACAACAUGCUCAGUGAUGCUCUUCGAGUUGCUAAGGAAUAUGUUCCUUCCGCUGUAGCUGAAAUACAAAAACUACACGCCAGAGCAAAUCGUGGUAGCGGAUCCAACGAUUCACGCUACCUUCUGCAGAAAGCUUCAGAAUACGCUAGAGCCGAAGAGUUCAAGAAAGCAGCGGAGUACCUGCUGCAAAUUAGCGAUGGAAACGCCGACGAGGCAACCGUUGGUAGAGCAUUAUUGCGAGGAGCAGAGAUCUGCAAUCAAUUUCUCGAAGGUCCAGAUGCGGUGGAAAUUGCUCGAGAGCUUGGUCCGCGGUUGAUUGAAAUAAAUCAAAUUGGUCCAGCUGCUCAGUUGUAUCUGGCUGCGGAAAUGCCUCGUGAAGCGGUUGAUGUAUUCAUCAAAACUGACAACUGGAAUAAGGCCCGUCGAUUGGCAAAGGAAAUCGAUCCGCAGUUGGUGGCUUAUGUCGAAACUCAGCAAAAAUCUCGACUCAGAAAUCAAGGAAAUGUCGAGCAACUAGCUGAUAUUGAUAUAAUGGGAGCAUUAGAUUUACUCGCCGAGCAAGGUCAAUGGACACGGUGUAUCGAAAAAGCUAAGCAGCACAGUGUUCCGAUCCUGCAGAAAUAUCUGGCUCAGUAUGCUGCCCAGAUGAUUCGCGAUGGUGACUGUAUUUCUGCGUUGAACUUGUACCUGGAACAUGGAGUUCCACCUGUGGCGCAGAAUUUCAACAUCUACAACCGUAUCGCAUUGGAAUGUUUCAACUUACGCGAUCCGGAUGGAAUUCAGGUUUGGAAGAACCUACGGGAUUUUUUGCUGAAUUUGGUUCAAGCUCUACGGGGAUCUGACCAGAUGGAGGCCGAUGUAAUUGACCGUUUCGAGCAGCUACUGACGAUUGCUCACUACUACUGCACAAGGGCAGCUUGCCGUCAAGCCCCUGCUCUUCAGUCAAUCGCUGUGAAGAUUUCCGUUUCUAUGCUACGCCAUACAGACAUCAUUCCUUGCGACAAGGGUUACUAUGAGGCGGGCAUGGAUUUGCGCGGUAUGGGGCGGGAAUCGGAAGCUUUCGUCAUUCUCAACCAUUAUCUGGACGUGUGCGAAGCGAUCGAAGAAGGAUCGGGCAACCUGGUCGAUCACUCUGACCUCUCGUCCACGGACUUCCCCAGUUCGGUCCCGAUACCGGCUGAGUUGCAUCUGAAGAACGAGCUCAAUUUGCACGAGGAAAUCCGCGAAUGGGUGCUUGCUGUAAGCAUGGACCAGAAGGUCGACCAGGUAUUGCCGACGGAUGAUCGGAAUUUGUACGAGUCCAGUUUGGGUAUUUCGGAUCAGGCCUGCCUAGUGAGUGGCUAUCCGGUGAUGGGUCGACAGCCGGUGGUGUUUCAGCGUACCCACCGACUUGCGAACCGGGAUGCCUGGAGCAAGCUUACGGUGGCUGCCAGGAUGGCACCGCAGACGGACAUUCCCAACGUGAUUGAGUUCAUUGAGAAGUGGUGUGGACCGGCAAAUUUCUUGUCUGCAUGA